GGCAGGAACAGGAAGAUGUCCCACUCGAUAGCCUCACAAUAUCCUACAAGCGCUUUAACAUCGAGCCAGACAAGAGAUGACACUGCCCUCAUAGAAACGGAGAAAGUGAAACCAGGUUAUGCUGUCAUUUCCACAUUCGAUUUGUUCAGUAUCCGUGUGACCCCAAGUAGCUCUCACACAGUUGGGACCAUGCACAUUGGCAAGAUUUUUAUUAUGUUGGAGAAGAAGGUCAAAACUGUGGAGAUAUUCCUGCGAGUGCUGGAGCGUGAUUUCUUUUUGCUUCAAGCUGACAGUGGAGGUCUGCAUGAUAGCUAUGGAUCGCUAGCUGCUACGGGUAAAUAUCUGGUGAUGUCACCACUUGCCAUCCUGUUGGAGGGUGGACUUCAUCUCAUUGGUACGGCCCAAAGGCAUGACGAUAGUCCAAGUGCUGCACUCCUGGACAAGGAGCUCGCUCUCGAUGCAUUGUCAGGGCUUGGAGCUCUCCCCAUGUUGGAUCUAUGA